AUGCUUCCGCCAGACUUUAAGCGGAGGAACCCGCUCAGAGUGCGACCUUUCCAAGACUUCGAUGACGCUGCCCCACCGCCAUCCAAUACCCGAAACAGGCUCUUGAACAUGGUCCAUGAGACUGGAGGGUUGAACCCAACGUGGAGGAGAAAGAACAUUGAGGCAUAUAUCGCCCCCAAAGAAGAUGACGAACAGAAGCCUUCGAAGAGGAAGCGCAAGAACAAGAACAAGAAGACGAAAGAGGCAAAGGACGUGAGUCCCGCACUUCUGAAAAGUCAGUAUGACUUGCUGUGGAGUCUGAUACAGGAAGGGCUUCGGGUUGGAUCAGAUGAUCACACAACGGAGUCGGGGAUGGGUUUUGCAACACCAUCGGAGCUUACCAAUGCGAAAGAGCCCAUCGUUCUCGACCCACAUCAACGCCAUGCUAUCCAUAGGGCCCUCCAGAGAUUGCAGGCAUGCCAUCAUGGAACCAUUGUGGCAUACGGCAUGGGUAUUGGCAAGACGCUGGUAGCCGUAGGAUUGUACGCCGUCUUGAAGCAAGACUUUGCCAUGCAUGGGCGUGAUUGGUCCUUGAUUGACAAGACAACUUUGGACGAAGGGCAUGAUUCGCAUGAGUUUGACCGCAAAGUGAGCAUACAAGGAGGGUUUCUGAUCGUUGUCCAAGUCGAUCUCAUUCCCUUAUGGGAGAAGGAGCUCCAGGUGCACUUGGAAAACCCUCCAAGUGUCAUUGUAUACCAUGGACACCAGUCGUGGUACCACUCCACAGCGCAUACUGCAGACGAGCUUGCCGCAGUUGAUGUGGUAAUAACAUCCUAUGAGACGUUACGGUCAGAUUACGAAGAUGCCAUGGCCGCUGCAGCGUCGCACGAAGACUUCUUCAAGACACCGGUUCUCGCACGUUCCCCCACCAUGGUCAUAUACUGGAGGGGCCAAAUCUUGGACGAGGCACAUAAGAUCGCAAACGACAAGACUGGUGUCAACAAGGCUGUAAAUCGCGUUCGACCGUUGAUGCGUCUGCCACUUACGGGUACGCCAUUCCUCAACGAUUACACAGAUAUCCAGUACCAGCUGUCGCUGAUCAAGCUCGCGCCCUGCGACGAUCCGAACUUUUUCGCUUCUCUUUUCCUGUUACAUUCUGCGGCCAACCCAUUCGUAUACCGCACGUUGUCGGGCAAACUCAACAGCGUGCUCUCUCUGGUACUCAAGUUAUACUCUCUCCAGCUAGAUCACGGAAACAUUUUUGAUGGCGAGACGGUUGCUUCCGAGAUCGAUGCGGAAUAUGUUCGACAUGACCACGAAUUGGAAAGCUGGGAGAGAGACGCGCAAGAGAACGUUAAACAACCGUGGCUUCCAAGGUUGGGACCUGGGAGCCGGGCGAGGGUGAGCGGCAAUAGCGGCGAAGAUAUUCUCAAGCUCAUCAUCUUCGCCAGAGUAGCGGCUGUGCACCCCGAAUAUGCUGACACGGGUCACGGAGAGAACGGAAUUGUCAAGGUCGAUUAUCAGGAACUCGACGAUGGUGCAGUAGAAGGCCUCCCCCUGGGCGAGAUUUCGAAGUUGCAGGUGCUCAAGCGUGGCGUGGGUCAAUGCGGCAAUGACGUCAUGGCUAGCGGACCUUGCGACGCGUUCGUUUUGAUCACGCACUCUCUCCAACUCUACCUAAGUAUCUUACAGUCCAGGUUUCGUUCAAACUAG